CCUUGAAGUACUUUGUUUGUGCCAAAUCAUUACCACUUGCCACACACAUGAGUCUAAAUCAUGGAGGAUGCCAAGUACGUCCUCUGCAGAUGGGAAAAGCGAUUAUGGCCUGCAAAGGUGUUGGCCAGAACUGAGACUUCAACAAAAAAUAAGAGAAAAAAGGAAUUUUUUCUAGAUGUUCAAAUACUCUCCCUAGAGGAAAAAAUUAAGGUGAAAAGCACAGAUGCUGAGGUCCUGAGGAAGUCUCAGAUUGAAGCCAUUGCCUCCUCGUUAGUCCAUGCGGCCUCGCAGAAUGAGGCUCCUGCUGCGCCUCUGGAGGAGCUGACCUACAGACGGUCACUUCGGGUGGCUCUGGAUGUUCUGAGCGAGAGAGCCAGUUCGAGCCAAGAAGGCUCUUCAAGGACAGGAGGAACGGCUCUGUCUCGGAGGGGGAAGCAGCCCACGGAGCUGGCCCCCUCGCUCUGCGAUGCAGACUGUUGCCCACCUCAGGGGAGGAAGGAGUAUGCACCACAAAGCCUGUCAGGUCCGUCCCCUUGUGAAAAGGACCCCCAGUGCAGAGUGAACCACAAGAAGGGGCUCAGGAAAAGUGCAUACCCUGGAGGCCUGCCGGCCCCUGCGGCCGGAGAUGGUUCUUCGGACGGCAGCAGGGCCAGAGUGCACGGCAGAGAUUGGACUGUUACAAGUAAGAGGGGAAGAAAUUCUGCGCAGAAGCCUAGCCCGUGCCAGAAGGUACCUUUGCCGUCAGAGGGAGAAAAUGGCAGAGAGAGUGAGAGAAAGGCGGGCGGCUGGGCAGCCCCGUCCCCGCCCUGCAGGGUCAGGGAGGACGAUCCCUGUGCCAGGGCCGAGGGCCGGGAUCCAGGCCUACCGUCAGGCAGCCUCACAGUGCCCGCAGCCCCUGAUCACUUGUCCUGCUCAGAGGCCGGAGAAUGUCCCACCAAGAGGCCAUGCCUGGACGGCUGCCAGAGGCCGCCCGCCACUCGGCUGGAGAUGGGGGCCGCGGGGCCCGAGCUGUCCCCCAGGCAGGGGCUGAGGGAGCGCAUGACCCUGCGCAGCGCCGCCAGGCCCGGCCAGCCUCCUCCACACGCUCCUGCCGAGGACACGAGAAGUCUCCGUCUCCCGGAUUCCAGGAAGCUGGAGGAAGACCUUCAGUCUUCCGAGGAGUCCAUGGAGUUCAGUUCCAUCAACUCCAUCCUGGAGGAAGACGAGGAAGAGGAGGAGCCGCCAAGAAUCCUUUUAUAUCAUGAACCACGUUCGUUUGAAGUAGGAAUGCUAGUCUGGCUUAAAUACCAAAAAUACCCCUUCUGGCCAGCAGUGGUCAAGAGCGUCAAGCGGCGAGACAAGAAAGCCAGCGUGCUUUUCAUCGAAGGAGACAUGAACCCGAAGGGGCGGGGGAUCACGGUGUCUCUGAGAAGACUAAAGCACUUUGACUGUAAAGAGAAACAGACGCUUCUGAACAAGGCCAGGGAGGACUUCGACCAGGCCAUCGGCUGGUGCGUGUCCCUCAUCACCGACUACAGGGUCCGGUUAGGCUGUGGGUCCUUCACUGGCUCAUUCCUGGAGUAUUACGCCGCCCACAUAAGCUACCCGGUGCGGAAGUCCAUCCAGCAGGACGCCCUGGGGACCAGGUUCCCAAAGCUGAGCCUAGGGGACCCCAAGGAGCCGGAGGUGGACAGCGCCCUUGGGUGGAGGCAGCCCUGCAGGAAGGUGCUUCCCGACCGCUCUCGGGCCGCCCGAGACCGGGCCAACCAGAAGCUGGUGGAGUACAUCGUGAAGGCCCGGGGUGCGGAGAGCCACCUGCGUGCUGUGCUGAAGAGCAAGCGGCCGUCGCGCUGGCUGGAGACCUUCCUGAGCUCCAGCCAGCCCGUGACCUGCGUGGAGACAUACUUGGAAGAUGAGGAGCAGCUGGACCUGGUGGUGAAGUACCUGCAGGGCGUCUGCCAGGAGAUGGGCAGCACCGUGCUGACGCGCACCCAUGGCGACAGGAUCCGGUUCGUCCUGGACGUGCUUCUGCCCGAGGCCAUCAUCUGCGCCAUCUCUGCAGUGGACGCGGUGGACUACAAGACGGCUGAGGAGAAGUACAUAAAGGGACCUUCGCUGAGCUACCGGGAAAAAGAAAUAUUUGAUAACCAGCUCUUAGAAGAAAGGAGCCGGCGCUGUCGGUGGUGAGGAGGCUGCUCUGCGGCCGGGUGGGGGGGCCCCGGCCGGGCCUGUGCCCCUGGAGCCCGGGAAGCACCGUCGCGCCCUGACGUUCUCCGGGAAGCGGAGCCCAGGGCUUGCGUUCGUGCUGGAUCUGUCUGGGUUGUCAUGGUCUCCACGCUUCGGAAAACUGUUUCGUGAACGUACCGAAAGCCAGUUCUGUUUUCCUGGCACUUUGUGCAAGAUGCAUUUCCUAAAAGGUUUUAAAAGGACAAAAAUAGAUGGAUGGUGUGUCCUUUCUCGUGACUGUACUGUGUGAUUAACACGAUGUGGCGUUUGUUUUUCUAUGCAUCU